AUGCGAAGUUGCGGUUCAUCAUUGGAAGAAGCGCAAAACAUUCCGUUUCUGUCAGUUGCUCUAGGGACGAUAUUUGAUGCCGGGGAUCCUAAGGAUUGCCCAUGUGCGUCUCUGUUGACGGACACGGUUCUCUUUGGGUCGGAUUCUUCAAGUUCGACGCAUGUGCCUGAGCCUUUGAAAAACUGCGAGCGACUACGAUUGGGUCGUGCAGACAGGCUGACUCCGAGACUCUAUCUGGCUAUUGCAUUGCAGACGUUGGACAAGCUGAUGGAGAAUGAUGACCUCCUGCUAUGUCACAAGGACCAAAUACAGUUGCACGCCCGACAAAUCCGGCCGACAGUAUAUCUGGACUUCGAGUACGAGAAGUAUGUGGCUGGAGAGGAGAGGUUUGAGGUUCGCGGAGAGAAGGAUCGAGUCCGUUGGGCUCAGCGCGCUUUGCUACAUUUGGCUCGUGUCGGCAAAGUGGUGGGGCUCGUGGCCGAAGGCUUCGUUCCUGUGCCGGAAACGAUGAUUGGCGGAGAUUGGGCGGAAGACGGAUUUGUGGCAAAGUCAGCACACGGCAAUUGGUGGCAGGAAAAUGAAGGUAGUUGGCAUGAAGGUAGUUGGCAAGAAGGUACUUGGCAUGAAGGCACUUGGCAGGAAGGUAGUUGGCAAGAAGAUAGUUGGCAUGAUUUAUUUUUAGCCAAGUUAGACCGUGCGGCGUUAGCUGUGCACGCGAGUCUGACUGCUGACUUUAAGUGGUUGGAUGAGUUGCGAAAAUCAUUGCUGGCGGCGUAUCAUGAGUGGGAUAAGUCGGGGCGGUAUCGAGACCGCGUGUGGAAAGGUGUGUGUCGACCUAUGCUCAGUAUGGACCGUUACGGACGUGUGGCGACAGUGUCCACAGAUGCGGCGGGUGAAGGCAUUCAAACGCGUUCUUGCGCGCGAUGCAUUGAGGGACCGCUUACGAGUCUAGCGGUACCUGGGUGCGUUUCGAAUAUGAGACUGGCCCCAUAUGUGGACCACUGGGUGCCUCCUUCACCGAAGACACCACGAUCGAUAUGGCCGGAUAGUGACUACGCUCCGGGUGCACGUUGGGACGUGGUGAGGCCAUGGAUGCGUGGUUCGUGGCGUGAGGAAUAUGCGCGUGCAGCCACUGCCAUCGCGGAUGUGGCCACAACACUACAAACGAAUACCGAAGAGCUGCCCUGCUCAGCCACCUGGAUGCCCUGGCGUAGUGAACUUUUGCCCGAAGACGAAGAGACCUUCGAAAAAGUACACGGCGAAAUCGACAAGCAAAUCGCACUCUGGCGUGUUACCCCACUCCGCAGCCUACUGCGCUACUUUCGCUUCGCUCCUAAGAUGGUCGACUACCUUGAACGACAGUGUGCUCUUGGACUUCACCAUGCCCGCAAACUUUGCCCGAACACACACUUCUUUGUCGGCUGCUAUAACCAAGUUUACGCCGUACUCAACUUCCAGCAUGACGAAAGUCGCGACGGUGAUGGAGACGACGCCUGGCGUCAAUUCGUGAACGCCCAAACGGGUUGCUCAAACCACCGUCCAGGCUUUUGGUCACAAUUGUCUUCAAGCUCCCGUCCUGACUCUCUCGGCUCUUUGGAUUCAUUCAAUACCUCCCGACCUAGUUCCGUUGAUUCGUCCGACUACUUCCCAUCCAGCACACCCGACCAUCUGGAUCACCCCUUCAACAAGUCAAGAAUCAGACUUCUGCUGGCGCCACUCUGCCUCACAACCAGCUCGGUCCACGAAGCAAAAAGCAAGACGAGCGCCUUCUGGACUAAGGUACGUUUGGAGGCAGGCUCCGCAGACUUUGUUACAGAAAAACUGAAGCCUGGUCGCAAAAAAAGAAGCCCGGACUGA